AUGACCAUUCUUUCUAUACUGCUUCACUUCCUCCUCUGGUCUCUGCAAAGCUGCGCCCUAAGUGUGCCGACUAGCCAUGAUCCAACUUUGGAUUUAUCACCCUAUCCAGGUGUUGUUGGUACUCACGAAUCUGACUUCCUCCUACGUAAGCGACAAUCAAGCAGCGAUAUCUUGAUUGCCCUCUACGCCCGGGGCCUUAACGCCGAAGCCCGCAAAGCAGCAGGAAUCGAAGCCUUUCACUGGGGUAUUCACAUUACUCCCGAGGGCGCUCUGAAGUCGGAGAAGACAACAUCCCUGUUCCACGUAAUCAACCAGGAGGAGAAUAUCAAAUUAUUCCAGUACGAGAAGAGGACAAUUAACCCGUUUAGGCAGCGUGUCAUAUUUGCACGUGUCAAGGUCGGCACGCUGCCUGCCACCGUCUCCGUCGACAAGGUGGACGAGCUGCUUUCCCAGGUCCAGGCGCCAAGUAAACUCGAAAACCCCGGCGACAGCUGCGUUACAUGGGCGGUUUGCGGCAUAAAAAAGUUGCAAGAAAACGGUAUAAUUGAGAACUUUGACACGGCGGGUUUUGCCGAUAAAGUCCUGGAAUAUGGAGAACAACAGACUAGGGCUCUUGAUGACGACGAACCCGAGUUUGAGGCAGACGAAUUCGACAUUGGCAAUUACGAUGCCAAGGAGGGAAAAAUUAUAAGGCAAGAGUCUGUCCCCUGCAAACGGGCGGGCGAGCCCUGUAUCAACCCUAACCCCAAGGAAAAGGAAACCGAGCCUGCAGUCGAAAAGCCGGAAGAUGCCGAGCUGAUAGCCGUGGCCAAGGAGAAGUCCAAGGAAAAUUUUGAUGGCCUCUUGGAAGAGUUCAACUAUGGCAGUGUGGUAAAGCAGGACAAGCUAUACGGCGAGCUGAAUGCACGGCUACCUGAGUUUAGCGCGCCGCGGGUUGAGAGAAUCGCCGGCUUUGCUAGUAAACUCGGCGAGGGCGCCCUGGCUAUUGGCGGACUUGUCCUUUACGGCAAGGCUGUGGCGGAUGUGUUCGCAAGCGAGGAUGCCAGCGUCUUGGACAAGGCCGCGGUGGUGACAUCCAUCUUGCCCGGCAUUGGCUGCGCCGUACAGCUUGCAGAUGAUGAGCAAAAGGGGCAAGUUGACGUCACCCAUACUGCGUUGUGCUUUACCGAAGAUGCUCUGCUGGUCUCUGGGUUCUGGGAAAUCGCCCUGGUAAUGCAGGUAGGAGAAGAGAUCAGCAACUGGAUACAAGCAGAGAACGAGCGGAGCAAGUUCUGGGACGGGGAUCUCCUUGCACAAAAGGGUGCAGAGGGAUGGCUUCAGAAUGUCAAGAGGCUGAUCAAUCAUAUUAAAGGAGAUGAGUUUUUUGUCAAUGCCACAAGCCAGUUUGCGACAUACCAGAUCCUUACUCUGUAUCAAGCGUCGCAGCUUACUGGCGACCUGCAUGCUACUGCGAAAACGAACCCGCAAGGCAUCGAGGCUGAUAUCCACGCCCAUGUCCAACCAGAGCUCAAACGGCAAAUCUGUUCAGUUAUAUCAGACAGCAAGCGGCAGCUACAGGCGAAGCUUGAGGGUAUAGCUCUGAAUCACACGGCAAAGCUGGAGCGCGAGUUUAAAAACCAGUUCCUGGAUGACUGGCUAAAGGCGGCGACCACGCCGAAGCCGAUAUUCGGCAUAACACUGCCAGACUUUGAGAGCAAUACGAAACUCAUCCACGAGCAGGUUGAGAAAGCCAGAAAUUCACCCCUGCAACUGUAUGAAAAGGAAGUCAAGGCGGCUAUUAGGGAGGUAAUUGAGCGGCUGCCAACACCUGCUCCAUGCCAGUGUGAUCAGGGCAAGAAGGGAGGCAAGUGCGAAUUUGGCGGCUGCCAAAGCACGAAACCUGAAGGGCACCCCCAGGAUGCGGGAGGGAGAAUAUAUACUGCCAACGUGCAGUCUAUAGAGGUGGCCAAGAGACUGCGUUUGACAGACACUUGCCAGGCCCUCUUCGCGAAGUGUCAGGGAGGCGAAGCUGGCAGGGCCCUAUUCUGCACGCCGGGCAAGUAA